AUGAGAGUGUCAUCGUCAUUAUUAUUCGGCAUCGCUGUAUUUAGCAGUUCUGCUGCGGCUGUCGACAAGAGUCCAGGAUUCGGUAGUCGACCAGCGCCGUGGAUCACAUACGACGUUCCUACGGAUUUUUCUAAUCCCAAUGGGUUGGCUCGACCGGCUUUUCGAUACUGGGUUCCAGAUGCAGAUGUGGAGGAUAGUGUCUUGUACGCAGAUUUGCGGGAGAUCAAACAAGCAGGAUGGGGUGGAGUUGAAGUAAUCAGCUUAGAAAAUUAUGGAAUUGAAUUGGCUGUGGUAGAUCCAACAAUUUAUGGUUAUGGGGGCAACAGAUGGCGACAGAAGUUUAACACUAUGUUGCGUGCUUCUAAAGACUUGAAUCUCCUUGUGGACUUCGCGUUAGGGCCAACACAGGGCGCUUCCAUUCCAAUUUUAGAUCCUGAUUCUCCUGGGAUGAACACUGAGCUGGCAUAUGGCACUAUCAGCCUACAUUCAGGCCAGGUUUUUGGCGGAGAUAUCCCACCACCUGGCCGCACAAAUGCAGGAUAUGCCAACAAGCCAGAUUUUGAUGCGCCUUUCACGAACUAUACCAAUAAAUUUAUCGCUGCUGUUGUUGCGCGCAAAAGCAAGAGUUCCGUCCAAAGAUACAAGACCGACGGAAAUGAAUAUGUCCUAUUUGUAUUCUAUCAGCGUCGUACCGGUUAUCUAGCUGCUCAAGGAGCGUUCAAUAAUGACACUGAUCCAAAGAAUCCUGCUUCUUGGUUUGCUUAUGUUGUCGAUCAUUUCAGCCAAGAAGGGACCGAUCUCUGGACUAGUUUCACAGAUCAAUACGUCAUGAAUGGCGAGAAUGGAGACCUUCUGAGACAGCUUGGCUUGUAUGCGUGGGAAGAUUCAGCCGAGUUCCGCGCUACAUUAUUCUGGACGGAUGAAUUGAGAUCAUAUUUUCGGAAAACGCGCGGAUAUGACAUUACAACAGCCAUACCGGCCCUUUUCGGUACUAAUGGUCUUCCCCCAAUGUCUCCAAGAAAUACAAGCAAAUGGGGUCUCCAAGGAAGUCUACAGCCAUAUGCCACUGCACCAAACGCGGCACCACCUUGGGACAUGAACUCAGCAGCUGCGUACAUUGACGCCCCUGAAACAGAGUCCAACUACUUUGAUGGAGUUAUUGAUGCCUUCCGGGCCAUGGGUGGCGGUGCCAUGAUGGGCAGAAAGCAAAUCUUCUCUAGUGAAUUGGGGGCCCAUCGUUACGAGUCGUAUGCCAUCACCUGGCCAGUCAUCCUCAAUGAUUGCAAGAUCAACUAUGCAGGUGGAGUUGAGUGGCCUGGACUUACAACAUUUGAGUGGUUGUACUCAGAGAUGUGGGGGCCACGACAGCCAAGUUGGUCGUAUGUCAAGGAGAUGGGAGACUGGAUUGCUAGGACCCAACUCAUUCUCCAAACUGGUGUACCGAGAGUGGACAUUGAAAACAUAUUCUGGGAUCAAUCGCUCCAGAAUGCUGGCAAGCUUCCCUCCUACACCUACAGUAAAGAAAAAUAUAAAGCUAAACUAAAAUUAAUAUACUUAAUAAACCCUAAAGAAGAAUUGCUAACUAUAAUACCUUAUAUUAAGAAUAAAUUCUUAAAUUAUAAAACCCCUAAGUUAAAAAAAUAUAAAAUACUUUUAAACCUUUACCUAAGGAAUUAA